CUCACUCUGCUCUGCUCUGUUCUUCUCUUCUUUGUAGCUCUCUCUCUCUCUCUGUCUGUGUCUGUGUCUGUGUCUGUGUCUGUGUCUAUAUAUACACACAGAUAUCUUAAGAGAGAAACAAAGAUGGAUCAGGUGAUAGUAUUUGCAGUGAUGAUGAUGAUGAUGAUGAUGAUGAGUUCUUCAAUGGCUUAUGACUUCUACGUUGGAGGGAGAGAUGGUUGGGUUCAAAACCCCAAAGAGAAGUACAACAACUGGGCUGGGAGGAUGAGGUUUCAAGUCAAUGACAAACUUGUGUUCAAGUACAAGAAAGAAGACUCAGUGUUGGUGGUGAACAAGGUGGAUUAUGAUGCUUGUAACGUGAGUAAUCCAAUAAAGAAGCUGGACGGUGGUGACUCGGUGUUUGUUCUUGACCGUUCAGGCCCUUUCUUCUUCAUCGGUGGUUCUCCGACCAAGUGUGCUAAUGGCCAGAAGCUCAUUGUUGUUGUUCUUGCUCCAAGACCCAAGAAACCUAUUUCUCCUCCUUCAUCUCCAUCUCCAUCUUCUCCUCCUUCUCCUCCUUCUUCAUCUCCAUCUCCAUCUUCACCUCCUUCUCCUCCUCCUUCAUCUCCAUCUCCAUCACCUUCUACUACUCCUCCAUCUCCAUCCUCUUCUACCCCUUCUUCAUCACCAUCUCCAUCUCCAUCCUCUUCUACCCCUUCUUCAUCUCCAUCUUCAUCUCCAUCACCUAUUACUUCAUCUCCAUCACCAUCACCUUCUUCAUUAUCAUCUCCAUCUCCAACUCCAACUCCAUCAUCACCUUCUGCUUCUCCUUCUUCAACUCCAUCAUCACCUUCUGCUUCUCCUUCUUCAUCUCCAUCACCUUCACCACCUUCAUCCACAUCUCCAUCUCCAUCUACAUCUUCUUCACCUUCUCCAUCAUCAUCUUCAAAUCCUCCUGCUUCAUCACCACCAUCUUCUUCUUCUACUCCAGGGACUCCACCACCCUCUAGUCAAUCUUCAACUCCACCAAGCCCAUCAAGUACUUCAAAUGACCAAUCUUCCCCUCCACCACCAUCACCACCUUCUUCCUCUCAUGCCUUGACUGUUUCUAGCUUCUCUUUUGGUCUUAUGGUUCUAGUCCUAUCUGCCGCCUUCCUUGGCUGAUUCAAUGGUUGGUGAAUAAACUUUAAUGUCUUCAUUCAUGGACCUUUUCUCUCUUAUAUAUAUAUAUUUAUUCAUACUUUUUCUCUAAUUCAUUUUGUCUUGAGAGUGAUACCUGUAUUAAGUUGUAUGGUUUAGAAUGAAUGAACCUUUUGGUUUGUCUUGGAAGUUCAUUUCACAUAUUUUUUAUGACUUUGGAAUAAUAUUUUAAUCCAAAUUAA